CGCGUUCAAAUAUGAGAGUAGACCAAGAAACACAUUCCAUUAAUGCUGCAAUCAGAUAAUCCUCACCAUCUACGAAGCUUCAUCCCCUGCCUCAAAAUCAGGUAUAAAAUUCCAUCACUUUCCCUCCACAACUCAACAAUGGCAGCAGCACAGAGAAGAAGUGGCCUCAAACACUUGAUCAGGAAGCUUCAGAAUCAUCUCCAGCAGUCGAGAAGAGUAGAGGCGUUGCCAGGAUUCGUAUGUGAGGAAAGGGUUCCACACGAUGUCAAGGAAGGGCAGUUCGCUGUGGUUGCGAAGAAGGACGAGGAGAAGCCUACGAGGUUCGUGGUGGAGCUGUCUGUUCUCAAACAUCCGCAGUUCCUGAGGCUGCUCGAGCUGGCUGAAGACGAGUUUGGGUUUCAACACGACGGCGCCCUCGAGUUGCCUUGCCAGCCUGAGGAGCUGCGCAGGAUUCUGCAAGAUAGGAAUUCAUCUACUUCCUCUCAUUCUUUUUAGAUUGAUUUCUUGUGUACAAAGACUAAGAAAUUAUGUGGUGAAUGCAACCGCCUUGUUUAGGGGACAUUUAUUUUUUCUACAUGAUUGAAUUCCAAUUCAUUUUAAUAAGGGUAAA